AUGGCGGUUGAUACGAAUGUGGUAGAGCAGGUCUUUGCCUAUCUCGGCCUAGUGAUGUGGUCAUUGCAGUUGGCUCCUCAAGCGUACAAGACCUAUAGACGCAAAACAACGGAUGGUGUAUCCCCAUGGAUGAUGCUUAUAUGGGCACUCUCGGGCGUGUUUCUUGGCAACUACAACAUUGGCGUGAACGUGGCAGUACCGCUUAUCGUUCAACCCCAACUCUUCUCCUUCAUUGCCUACAUUUGUCUUGCUCAAGAGCUGUACUACGGAUCGCCGCAAUGGUCUCGUUGGACGGCAAUGGCCAUGUUUGUAUUCUUGUGCAUAUUCUCGGGAGGUCUUGAAGUCGCUCUCUUGUUUGCAUACUGGGCGGCGGAUCGGAACGGCAACAUGCGAGCUGUUGAGUUCUUUGGUGUGCUCCCCGUGGUAUCGAUCUUGGUUGGUUUCCUACCACAGUAUUACUCUAUUGCUCGCGAGCGCCGAGUGGAGGGCAUAUCUCAUCUUUUUCUUUGCAUGGAUUUCUUCGGAAGCAUAUUCUCAUGCAUCAGUCUAGCUUUUCGCAGCGAAAUCGAUGCUCUCACCAUUGUCAAUUAUGCUGGUGUUGCUCUAUUUGACCUCGGUAUCUUUUCGCUCUACUACAUUUUCAAGUUUUGGAAUGCAAGGAAAGCAAAGCAAUCUUCUGACAAGGACCAUCCACCAGAUGAAAUGACCCCAUCCUCUUCUAUCACUGCCUCGUCCAAUCAGCCCGAUGAUAUCGCUGAAAAAGGAUUGCCAAAGUCUCACCAUGGACACGAGAGCAACAUCACCACUGCCCGUUCAUCCAUUGAAGAAAAUCAGGAGAAGCAGCACUCCCAACAACAGUAG